AUGGAGCCGGAGCGCGAGUGUCGGGUGCUCUCUAUCCAGAGCCACGUCGUGCGCGGCUACGUGGGCAACAAGGCGGCCACCUUCCCCCUGCAGGUUUUGGGAUUUGAAGUUGACACAGUGAACUCUGUCCAGUUUUCAAACCACACAGGUUAUGCCCACUGGAAGGGUCAGGUGUUAAAUUCUGAUGAACUUCAUGAACUGUAUGAAGGACUUAAGCUGAACAAGGUCAACCAAUAUGAUUACGUACUCACAGGAUAUACAAGAGACACAUCAUUUCUUGCGAUGGUGGUGGAUAUUGUCCAAGAGUUGAAGCAACAGAAUUCAAACCUAGUAUAUGUGUGCGAUCCAGUGAUGGGAGACAAAUGGAAUGGAGAAGGCUCCAUGUAUGUGCCUAAGGAUCUCCUCCCAGUCUACAGGGACAAAGUUGUACCCGUUGCUGAUAUAAUUACUCCUAACCAGUUUGAGGCUGAAUUACUUACAGGGAGGAAGAUUUACACAGAAAAAGAUGCUUUAGAGGUAAUGGAUAUGCUCCAUGCCAUGGGACCAGAGACUGUGGUGAUCACAAGCUCAGAUCUACAGGCGCAGCUAGGAAACGACUACCUGAUUGCUUUGGGAAGCUACAGAAAAACUAAUGCAGAUGGUACCAAGAUAACUCAGAGAAUUCGAGUGGAAUCUCCUAAAGUGGAUGCUGUCUUUGUUGGAACAGGAGACUUGUUUGCUGCUAUGCUUUUGGCAUGGACGCAUAAACAUCCAAACAAUUUGAAGGUGGCAUGUGAAAAGACUGUGUCAGCCAUGCAGCAUGUUCUGCAGAGGACCAUUAAGAGUGCAAAAGCACAAGCUGGAGAAGGAAACAAACCAAACUCAGCCAAUCUGGAACUGAGAAUGGUCCAAAGCAAAAAGGACAUAGAAAACCCAGAGAUCAUAGUGAAAGCUACUGUGUUAUAAAGGCUGUAUGUCUCCAAUAACGCACAAUGUAUCGAUGUCCUCAUUUCUUUCCUUUAAAUUGUAAUAUUUGCCUUAGAUCUGUGACAGAAACCUGACUUUCAUGAAAUAGUGCCCAGCAUAGGCAGAUAUUCACUCUCAAUCAUAUGUGCUGGCCUUGCUCGGUUUUAAAAACAAAACAGAGUCGGUAUGCAUUAAAGCAUAUUACCAGGUAUCAAAAUGGCUGUCAAAUUCACUUAAUGUGUGUAAUUACCCAGGGCAAGAGAGUACAAUGUUCCUGCCUUGCCAAAGACUUCAGAUGUGAAUUUGAAUUUGUGACUGACUGGGAAAUAUAUUUCAAGAUGGCAUCUAGUGCCAAUGGAGCUGGCUACAUGCUCCCUUUUCCUGGAGAGAUAUGGUUACCUACUCUGGUAUUCCGUAUCUCAGCUGCUACGAAACUAAGCAGGGUUAAAACUACACACAUAGUUCUGGAUGUGUGUAGAAGUACUUUGAAGAUGUUUGGCAUUUAAGUACUCUGAAGUGACCUUGAGGUGUCUGUCAUUAACAUUACUGAUAACUGCUCCCGUUUCUUGUCUUAUGAACAACUGCACGUUUUCAGUUUUUGCAGGUACUGGCUGCUAAUUUCUAAUGCCCACAGGUGCCCUCAUGUUUUUCUUCCAAAACUCUGCUCCAGAAACACUUCCAUUAGUAACAAUAUAUUUAUUCAGUAGCGCUGUCUGCACGUUUGUAGAUUUACCUCUGAGGCCAGGCUUGAUGCUUUCUUUGUUUUUUUUAACUAAGGACAAAUGUUACUUAAGGACAAAAGAGAAAGCAGCUCCUACUCUAAAGGCUGACACCAAUUGUUUUUUUCUUCAUGGAUGUAUUUACACUGUGUAGAGCACUUCCACUUAGCAAUAGUGAGCGCUAUUGGCAGCUUGUCAACGGAGCAGUGUGGUAAUAAUAAUACAUGCGGCUUAGGAAAUUGCAUAAGUUUACCAAAUUCAGGGCAACAUACAAAAUUUGUUCAUAAUGUAAAUCUCUGCAACUUCCUACUCUGAGUAGAGGUCACAGAAAUGUGUUAUUAUUUAUCUCCUUAACAUUUUUGAUUUCAAAAUUAGGCUUCAUUAGCCUUCAGAAUGGAAUUCUUACUGAUUUCAGUGUCCUGUGUAUCACAGCCACAUGUUAUGCCAGUAGGGAGAUAGGCUGACAAGUACUGACCACUCAUAAUUCCUGUUGAUUUCUGUAUGGGACUGAAGAUCUUGCUUCUCCCAGGAGGAGAUCUAGUGUGUUUUUAAAUCCAAAUUCAGUUGAUAUUUUUUCCUUAGAUGGUAGAGGCAGAUAAAAAUUUCACUUCUGCUUGAAGCAGAUUUCUUCACGAAGCAAAUUUGCAUUAGAGGAAGGGGCAGCUCUGAGCUUUUCUUGGUGGUGUGACUGUGCUCAGGAAACUCACUGGUUGUCUCCCAGAUACUUUUCCUGCCCAUUCCUCAUCACAGCUGCUUAAGCGAGUGUCACUCGCGUAACUUGGGAGUCCCCAGCAGAGCUGGUCUGGGGAUUGCUUUUGCCACUGUGGACUUCAUUUAUCCCACCAUUUUGUAGAUUUUCUGCCAUUGUAAAAGUUGAUUAGUUUCACUUAGUAGAAGAGUAAUGUAUUUUUAAAGUUACUUUUAAGUGAAGAGAUUUUUUUUUAGUAGAGUAAGAUUUCAUAAUUAAUGUACUUCUGAAAUCCCUCAUUUUCAGUAUCUCUGAAGCAAAUGAAAUUUAAGAGAUGAACACACUUUGCAAUGAAUUUAAGAGGCAAAGUCCAGGUUUUUAUUCUCUACGACUAAUACUUCUAUUUUCUCUCAUAUGUUUGACAUUAACUAAAAAAAAGAGGUGAGAAUUUUAAGAAAAAAAGAAAACACCCAGAAAUGAACUACAAAAUGUGACUCCGCUGCCAUGGGUUAUAGUAACCACUGCCAUCGAAUAACUUUCUAGCAAUAAUAAUUUUGGUGAUUCGAGCCGUCACUAAAAUUAGCAGUCAGUAACAGAGAUGAAUUCAUGGCAGAUAUCCAGCACGUAGAAAGACAUGAACUGUCUUACCAGUGUGUAUUAGUGUGAUGGGAAGGAGUGAAAAAGAUGGAGCCAUGCUCUUCUCAGUGGUGUCUGGUGGGAAGGUGAGAGGCUGUGGGCAUACAGGAAAUUCUACUGAAACAUUAAAAAAAAAAAAAAGUGAAUGUGAAUGAACACUGGAGCAAGUUUUCCAGAAAGGUUGUAGAGUCACUGUCCUUGAGAGAUAUUCAAAUAUUGAGAUUCUGAAGCUCUUCACAUCAGGGGAUCCGCAGUAGAGAAAAGCUCCGAAUUGACCUUUUUUCUUCUUCUUUUUUUUUUUUUUAAGUAUUGUUAACUAUGCAUUGUCAAAAUUUGCUGUCAUAGAAACCCGAUCUGUUUUAAGUCUGUACUGCAGAAAAGCCCUUUCAGAAAGGAUGAGAUAGCACAAUUGUUUUUGGCAGUAAAAAAGUAGACUUUCAGAGGGGAAUGGAGAGAAAGGCAGGUCUUUAUUUCUCCGAAAUAAGAAGCUUGGAAUUUAGGAAACAUAAAGGUACCUUACAGAGAAGGUUUUAUCUGUUAACCACAAUCAACCUUGAUCUUACCAUAAGAGAGAACGGGUGUUUGCUGAAGCAGCUUUUACCUGUCAGAUGUGGUCUCUCCCUACUGCUUCAAAGAAUGAAGAAUUGCUCCAGAAUUCUCCAGAAUUGCUUUCUUAGAAUCUGUGGCAUAGCCGUACUGUACAAGGGAUAGACACAGUAAGGGGAGCUUCAGGGAAAAAGAGGGGAAAAAAAAAAAAAAAAAAGGUAAUGUUACUAAUGAGCUCAAUUUGCAAAAGUUCAUGUUUUGUACUAGGUGGGCCCUGUAACAGUUGGCUGCUUGCUGCUUCUGCUGGAGUUCCUGGGAGCUGCUCAUGUAGUACCUCUUUUAAACUCCCACCUCCCUGAUCUAAAUUAGGUCAGGCUUAUAUAUUCUGGGAAGAAUUGUGCUUAGUGUCUCUUGCCUGGAACAAACAUCAACAAUCAUCUGUAAAUAUAUUCUGUAGCUGUCAUUUUGAAGUCACAGCGGGCAAACAGGUAUUUUUGAAUGUCAAGGUAUACAUAUGUAAUACUUAGAUGCAUUUUUAUUGUUUCAGAGUUAUAAAGCACUUUUUCAUGAUGUCUGCAGAACAAAAUUCAAAGUCUCAGUGCAUUCAUGUCCAACUUUUAUUCCUGCCUCUCCUCCCACAGAUAACACCUGUAAAGAGUACAAGUUCUUACUGUCUGGGUGCUACUCAAAAAUAUCUCAGUAUUAGACAGCUGCCCACUACUUCCAGAAUUGGUGGAAACUCAUCAGAGUUGUCUGACCCACUCGCAGUUGCCUAGGUAAAGAAAAACGGUUAACCUAAACCAGGUUAGGUCCUAAAUGAUUACCGAAGAAAAAGCACUUCAGCACAGAAAGUGGAGCGUGUAACUAAUGAGAAAUCUUUCAUGGCUGUCCUAACAGCACAAAAGGUGGCUGUAGUCCACUAGUCCAGGGCCCCUGCUCAGCCUUGAGGCUGGUGGGGGACGCCAGCUUCACUGCCGUGCGUACUCCCUGCUUUAUGUGUGGAGGGCACAUAUAUGUGUGAAGUUAGCAGUGAGGAACACAUAUUAAUACUGAAGUGCAUGUCCUCAUGCGAAUGGUGAGCAGUUUGUGUUUGAGUCCAGUUGACUUCCCCACCAUUCUUCACUUACUUGGAAGUGAUUUGUUUUGGAUCCUUUUUUCUGGGUUGAUCUGUUCAGUGUAUGUGCUCAGCCAUUUUGAUUACUGCACUCACUUGUGGACCCAUUGUACAGGAAAGACCAAAACUCGUUUACAAAUGAUCUACUCAUUUCUGACCCUGGAUAUAGUUACUACAUACUUAAAAUUUCCUUUUACCUCUUUGUGAGACACAUGCGUAAAGACAUUGUGCUAGAAUCAAUACUAUUCACACUCGAUAUAAACAUUUAAGGAAUCUGCAAUAUGAAAUUGUUAACUUUUAAUGUUUGUUUGCUAAUUUAUAUUGAAAAAUCUUUAAUCAAUGUGCUAUACAAAAUAAUCGGAGGACCAAGGUUUCCAGCUACUCAUACUGCCUUUUUGAGUGUCUUACUGUAUCUUGAUUGGAUGGUAUUCUUUCAUUGUCUGAGAUUGUUCUGGUGAUUGUAUUGAUAUAUUUUAUUUUAAACUAUGUGGCAAGGAAGAUUGUAAUAAAAGCAUCUACAUUUAAUAUACUGUACACACAAAUUGUUAGAUCCUAUUUUUGAAUAUGUUAAUCAUUUCAGAAUUAAAUCAAGAACAGUUUGAUAGUCUUGCUGAAUAAGUGGAUGUAAUUAAAGGUUUAAUUAGAUAUAUCCUGGUAUAGGGAAUGGAUAGUUAAUGAAAGAAGGUACCUUUGUGCUCCACAGUCCUCUCGUUGCAAGGAAGUAGGUCUCUAGAGGAGAAUAACAUCCUCAUCUCUUAGAUUUUUUCCUGAGAAGUUUCAUGGGAAGACAACUGCUGACACCUGCGGUGCUGCUCUUGUAUGCCUUGUACUUGCAUGUGUAGGACCUCCCCAUGAUGUGCUCCUUAUUUCUGCAAAGAAGGUGAGAAGAGAGGCUUGAAGUAAGGAUCACAAUUCAUUGUCAGGUCUGUUUCUUGUGUAGCGCUUAGCUGAACACCCCUUCAUGCAGAGUAAUUUUUAUCUUACUGCACAGAGCGUACAAGACUAUACAGUGGGAAACAACUGAUUCUGCAUGUCAGAACAAGUGCUUCUGUCUGCUCUCUACAUUGUAUAUUCUGUGCCAUUUUGCAGGAGAGGAGAGUGGGUAUCCAGUUCAAGGAGAGCACUGGUUAUUAGAGAAGAUUCUUACGCUGGCUGGACAAGUUAGGCUUAUAUCACAGACGGCCACUUCUCCUGACUGUCUUUGCCCACUAGAAGUUGAGACAUGAGUGUUACAAAUUUUGGUCGGUGAAUCCAAAGUAUUUCUCCAUAAACUGAAAGAACAACCCAUUCUUUUAUAUCACAAUUCAUCCUUGAUGAGGCAUUCAGCUAUUACAGUGAACGAGAGAAAUGACUGAGAGAAUAGCUGUCCUUUUUGAAAGAUGUGCUUUUGAUGAUUGAAAGCCUGCUGCUGAGCAGUUUUGUAGCUUGCUGGCAUUCUAAAACAUAUCAAUUAAACACAUGUAAAACGUGGAAAGUAAGCUUUAAUAUAUACAAUAACAAGCCUGAAAAUAGCUCUGCUCUUCUAAGUAAGUGAGUAGAACGGAAUUUAUGCCUGUGUGCAGACUGAAGAUAAAUCCACAAGGUUCAGUUAGAAACUUGGAGUGAUCCCUAAACUGCCGGGAAGGGCGCUGAAUGCAGGAUGCCAGGUAGCUGCUGUGUGAGUACACGUCUUUUUAGGAGAGCCCAAGCCAGUUUUCACAUUUUCCAGGAAGGAGAAGGAUGUGGCUUAGUUUUCAGCCUGGGAAUGCUCCUGUCAGCUUUACCGAGACCAGUACCAGGUGACAGCCCCAAAACCACCAGCCACCCGUGAGGUGCUUGCUGCUCCAGUAACAGCAGAUCUUGAGGCAAAUGGGAUGCUCCGAAGUAUGUUCCUAAAUAAGCAUUCCCGAGUUAGUGCCUCGACAAUGCAAAUAAUAGUAAUAAAUACACCUUUUGCAGAGUAGUGAAUAAGGCAGCACAUUAUUAAGACAGAGAAUACCAGCAAUAUGAGAAGGCUGAGCCAUAUGUUACCACUGAAAUCAUGUGUACUCCUUACCUAUUGCCCUUGUGGUUGCAUUGCUAUUUAGAAAAAUCAGUGUGUAGAAGAGUGUAAUACAUGUAUUCUGUGUGUACGUGUGUGCGUGUAUGUUGAGGCUUUAUUUGCGAUGUGGUGGGGGUGGGAAACAAAAUUUGGGGGCUGGCUGUGCAGGCCUUCAGGAUGUAUGCAGAAAGUCUUAAAGAAUUAUAUUUUUAUAGAUUGUGAUGGAGCUUUGGGUCCCAGCCACACCUAGGCUUUUCUUCCAGAAAAGUAGAACGGUAUGGAAAUAGAGUCAGGUGGCUGUAAUAAAGUAGGGACAGUACAACCCCACCAGCCCUGGACAAACUGAAAUAACUUAAAUAAAAGAUGCCUUUUUAAGUAAUAUUUUUUUAGUGCUGAAUUGUUAAAUAAAUAUUUAUGAGCAAACUUUCUAUGUACUUAAAGUUUGUGUGGUGCUUUGUACUGACUAGGUGGACCUGUUCUAUGUUUACACAUCUCAAUGAUUGUCUUUGAGACGUAUGUAGUAACUCAAUGAAUUUUAUGCCGGAGAAACAACGAAGUUCUGUGUAAUAGCAAAUAAUUUAAUUUCUAAUGAAAUUGUAGGCUUUUGUAGUGUUUGUGUGUUUUCUGGUUGCCCGUUAUGAGUUGUAUUCUUUCUGCAGUAAGGCUUGUACGCUUGAUUGUAGAGAGAGGCAAUAGGAUGGUAGACACCAUUGUAUAAAAAGAAAACCCUAAAUAUUGCUACCUUAUCCAUGAUAAGAUCAGGUAAGUGGUGACAUAAGCCCAGAAUUUAGAUUUUGCAGUGGAAUAAAAUACCAAAUACAUCUGGAGCAGGAUAAAAAUAGGUGAGGGAUCGUUUAUUGAACAAUCCAAUUUAAUGGAGUAGAGUGGGGGGACAUUGGUCCUUAAUAGCACUGUGUAAGCAAACAAGCCCAGAGAUUGGAUCAGCACUGGCUGGCCAAACAAACUUCAUUGUUUGUGCUGAAUGAGUGCAACAGAGAGAUGAGUGGGCUAAGUGGGAGAAAAUUUUUUUUUUUUUCCUCCAGUCUGUCAGUUGUGGUACUGUGAAGAAUUUAAAGAGAGUGAUCUGAAUUUAAAUUCAAUACAUACAUUGGCUUUCAGAAGAGUUGAGUUACCGACAAAAUCCCAUUCAGUCACAAUGCAAGCUGUUGGCAUGUUUGAAAACAAGAAUGUUAUUUUUUUUAAAUCUCGCUGUAGUCUUUUAUUUUUUCUUAUGGCUGGGAGACUGGGGCUCAAGCCCUUCAAUCUUGGUUUCUUUCUUUCUUUUUUUCGCUUGUUGUUUGGUCUUUUGGGGAUUUUAUAGGAAGCCUGAAAGGGUCUGCGACAUAAAUCAGUUUGCAGGGCGAGGCCCUCUGCUGCAUGCUGUGCUCCUACCACAAUAGCUGGUGAUCUGGAGACAUCAUGAGCAUUGUUCACUAUGUCUCUUUUUUUAGAAACAAGGCAGCUUCCAUGCCACACUCCUGGAUAAAUCAUUCCUGCAAAAAAGUAGGGGAGAAUUUGUGCUCUUUUCUGUAAAGAUUUUCUGAGUUCUAGAUGUGUUAGAGGUACUGCUUCUGCUUUGCUGAAUUAGUAAAAAAAAAACAAAAACCAAAAACAAAAACACAAAAACGUAUCACUUGAGUGAAUAAUG